UUUAUCCAGGCAUUUUUACUCCUUUUUUAUUAAGUGUGGCAAUAAUUUUGGAGGCGAUUGUAUGUGCAAACACGCAUGCAAAACUAGCAUAAUGAAAAGAUCAUGUCCAGCUAAUGAAAUGCACAUUUACAGCAGCUUUGAGCCUGAAGUAAUUUAGGAAUUACUACAUAUUAACCUAUUUUCAAACUGGCUAAGCUUUACGACACCAACGUUACAAUAUUCCUGCUGCCUCGCUGUUCUCCAGUGCUUGUCAGCCACUCUCACGUUUAGACAUGUGCACCUGAAGAAGAGAAGAAGCUGACUACUGACAUACUGAGUCACAGUGCCAAAAAGACAGCAUGUCUGUUCUUGCUCACUCUAUUUCCUAGUGUCUUACGCUCUCUCUCUCUCUCUCUCUCUGGUUCUCUCUUUCUCUCUUGUUGUUUCUCACUCUCUCUUUCCAGCUAUCACUUGUUUCUUCUUGCCCAGGUUGGUUAAUGUCAGCGACAGAUAUUUGAUUUGGCUUUGGAUUUUUCUGAUACAUGGACAGCCCCGGAUUCAGCCAUUUUCCCUUCUUCUGCAGAUGUCAGUAGAGUAUGGUGGCAUGGUACACCUCUAAAUGUUCCAGUUGUUCCACGCCACCAUGAGUGAGUCAGCUGAAUCCCCAUCAUUAUCAUCACACCCUGUGGAUCCCUACCAAUCGGCACCUUGCCCUGCUGUCUCAGCCCCUCGCAAACCCGUCAGGCUCCAGGAGAGACGGGGCUCCAAUGUGUCCCUGGUCCUUGACGUUAGCAGUCUUAACCUGGGGGCGGUUGAGCCCUUGUGCUCCAUCUCCACGCCUAAAGAGACCAUCCUACAUCUGCUGAGGACCUCAACACGCCCUUUGACCCCUUCUCAGCUGCAGAAGGCAUCUGAAGAGACCAGUAGGCUAAACUCAGAGUAUCAGAAGAUUCCACCAAACUUCGUCAACCCUGCAGAGCUGGACAUUCCAAGACAUGCUUUAAAAGACAGAUAUAAGACAAUACUGCCAAAUCCUGUAACUCGCGUGUGUCUGAGGAACCCUGCUGCAGAGGAGGGGGGUGACUGUGAGAUCUACAUAAAUGCAAACUACAUAAAGGGUUUCAACGGUGCACCCAGCACCUACAUUGCCACCCAGGGCCCCAUGAUGAACACCGUGCAUGACUUCUGGGAGAUGGUGUGGCAGGAGGGAUCAACCAGCAUCGUCAUGAUCACCAAGCUGAAGGAGAGGAAUGAGAAGUGUGAGCUCUACUGGCCUGAGAGGGAGGGCAGUUACGGCAGAUUUGAGCUUCGAGUGUCCAUCGUCAAAGAAUGUGACGGCUACACCGUUCGAGACAUGGUAAUUCAGGUGGGUUCAGAGAGCAGGCUGGUUAGACACUACUGGUACUCCUCCUGGCCGGACCAUCAGACCCCAGACUGCACUGGGCCACUGCUCAGACUGGUGGUGGAUGUGGAGGAGCACAGGCUGUCCCUCCCCAACCCGGGACCAACCGUCGUCCACUGCAGUGCGGGCAUUGGGAGAACAGGUUGUUUCAUAGCCAGCAGCAUUGGGUGCCUGCAGCUACAACACACCAGAAAGGCGGACGUGCUUGGAAUAGUCUGUAAGCUACGCCUCGACAGGGGUGGUAUGAUCCAGACCAGUGAGCAGUACCAGUUCCUCUACCUCACCCUUGCCCAUUACAGUCAGCAGCUGGGGGACACAGACAGUAGCUCAGACAGCCCUAUCCCAGUACAGACCAGCAGUACUACAGACAGCCCUAUCCCAGUACAGACCAACAGUACUACAGACAGCCCUAUCCCAGGAGAGACCAGCAGUACUACAGACAGCCCUAUCCCAGUACAGACCAGCAGUACUACAGACAGCCCUACCCCAGUACAGACCAGCAGUACUACAGACAGCCCUAUCCCAGUACAGACCAGCAGUACUACAGACAGCCCUAUCCCAGUACAGACCAGCAGUACUAUAGAGACAGGCGAUGACAGAAAAAGUCCAUAUUUUUGCAUAGGGUAACAAGCUACCUGAACUCUGCUCUCAUCUCCUUGACCAUGGCAUUGAUUGUGGCAAUUUAUUGAAAGUGAUUUGUAAUAAUUUUUCUAUCAUUAUAAUGCAUGUGUUUUUUUUUUUUUUAUUAAUAAUGCUCUUGGCACUAGUUGAUGCUCAACAGGAAAUACAGGACAUAGGUUAUAGAUAGGCAACAGACAUGUGUCAUUUUUGUGUUCAAUGAUAAUAUUUUUAUAUAAGGAUUAUAAGUUAAUAAAAUACAUCUUCUUACUGCAAAAUUCUGAAAAAGUAUUUUUAACUGUGUAACAUUACUUUUCUCUUUAUUUCAUGCUAAUAUGACAUACAGUAACUUCAGAAUGCAUCCAGACUCAUUCACUUCCUCCAGAUUUUGUUGUGCUAUAGACAUAAGUUCAUUACAACAAAUUAAACUGUUGCCAUCGAUCUACACACAAUAUUGAAAUAUCUCAUGUACAUAAGUAUUCUACCCUUGAGCUCAAGAUGCAUCAUGUCUCCUUUGAUAAUCUUUGAGAUAUCUCUAGAAAUGUAUUGGAGUCAAUCUGUGGCAAAUUCAAAUUAUUGGUCCCACAUUUCUCAGUGCAUCAAUGAAGUCUAAGGAACCCUCCGUAGACCUCAGAAUUAUGUUGAGGCAUAGACCUGGGGAAGGUUAUAAAAGAAAAAGCAUUGAAUGUCCCAGGAGCACAGUGGGCUCCAUCUCCUCCUAGACCUGGCGGUCUGGCCAAAAUAAGUAACUGAGCAAGAAGGGGCCUUUAUCAGGGAGGUGACCAAGAUCCCAAUGGUCACUCUAUUAGAGCUUCAGAGUUUCUCUGCAGAGAUGGGAGUACAUGCCUGAAGGACAACCUUCACGACAGAAUGCCAUCAAUCAAGCUUUUAUGAAAGAGGGGAUAGACAGGACCCAUUCCUAUGUAAAGGUCAUGUAAAAUUACCCCUGGAAAACACUCUGAUAAGACCAAAAUAGAACUAUUAGACCUGCAUGCCAAGCACGACAGUUGACAAAACAAGGUACAGCUCAUCACCUGGCUAAUACAACCCUAUGGUGAAGCAUGGUGAUGGUAGCAUCAUGCUAUCAGCCACAGGAAUUGGGAGACUGGUCUGUCUUGAGGAGAAGAUGAGUGGAGGAAAAUGCAGAGAAGUCCUUGAAGGAAACUUGAUCUAGAGUACACAAGACUUCAGACCUGGGCUAAGAUUAAUCUUUCAGAACUACAACAGCUUGAAGCACACAGCCAAGACAACACCGGAAUGGCUAUAGGACUGAAUGUCCUUGAGUGAUUCAUACUAAAUGUAAUUCUGUUUAACCACUAAAAACCCAUUAAAUCAUUACAA